GUAACAUCCCGAACCUUUUCCCGACAAGAUACUGUCCGCUUUGGGCCUCUACACCCGCACGGAUUUCGACUUGGGGUGCAAUUCAGGGUGACUUCCCAUAAGGUCACCCAUCCUUGUUGUGCUCCACACUGAGCACGUUUAACUUUGGAGUUCUCACAAGAACUCCUCCGUUACACCCCAAAACGCGUCUUGUCAGUUAAGGCCGGUUUCCUACUUAUGAACCAUGGAUCUCUCCCGUGCUUUGUCGAUGUGGGAUUCGCCUAAGGUGUU